GCUCUCUUUUUUUGUCUCUUCACGCAGUCGAUUUCAGAACUGAUUUUUCCUAAAACGACAGCUCCUCCUCCACCACCAACCAAGAUGCCAACUGGAGAGCUCCGCUACCCAUCGCCGCCGCCAGUAAAUUCCACCACCACGGUGGACGACGAGGCGGGCUUGGUGUGGGCCCAGAUAAAAGCAGAAGCGAGGCGCGACGCGGAGUCAGAGCCAGCUUUGGCCAGCUACCUGUAUUCGACAAUCCUGUCUCACUCGUCUUUGGAGAGGUCGCUCGCCUUUCAUUUAGGGAACAAGCUCUGCUCUUCAACGCUUCUCUCAACUCUCUUGUACGAUCUCUUCCUCAACACUUUCACUUCAGACCCUUGUCUUCGCGCCGCUGCUGUUGCUGAUCUUCGCGCAGCACGUGUUCGUGAUCCUGCUUGCGUUUCUUUCUCUCACUGCCUCCUCAAUUACAAAGGUUUCUUGGCUUGCCAGGCUCAUCGAGUUGCUCACAAGUUGUGGACUCAGUCUCGUAGGCCACUGGCGUUGGCUUUACACUCUCGAGUCUCUGAUGUUUUUGCCGUUGAUAUACACCCAGCAGCAAGGAUUGGCAAAGGUAUACUUUUUGAUCAUGCAACCGGGGUGGUCAUUGGUGAAACAGCAGUUGUUGGGAACAAUGUCUCCAUUUUGCAUCAUGUUACGCUUGGAGGAACAGGGAAAGCCUCUGGGGAUCGCCACCCCAAAAUCGGUGACGGAGUGUUGAUUGGAGCUGGUGCCACCAUUUUGGGGAAUAUACAGAUUGGGGAAGGAGCAAAGAUUGGAGCAGGUUCAGUAGUGCUAAUUGAUGUGCCCCCUCGAACCACUGCGGUUGGAAAUCCUGCAAGGUUAGUGGGAGGAAAGGAAAAACCAGCUAAGCAUGAGGAAUGCCCUGGAGAAUCCAUGGAUCAUACUUCAUUUAUCUCUGACUGGUCAGAUUAUAUUAUUUGAUAGGUUUUGUUCCAUACUUGUCCCUUGUUUAUGACAUUUGCUACUUUAUAAAUAAUUCUCCUUAUCCGGUUGGUUUUGAUAUGUUGAUGUUCAGCAUGAUAUGCCUCCUUGUCUGUAGUUGAGCAUAUUUGUAUUGGGCAACGAACUGUAAUGAAGAACCUUGACAUUUUUAUAUAUUUUUU